AUGCCGGUGCAGGCUCGCGGGAAUGCGUGGCGACCGAACCCGAACCUGGAGGCGGUCCGGACUCUGACGUUGCGGCAGUUGGUUCGCAAGCUGGACCGGGAACGGCGCGAUCCAGAAGACCCGCACGAGUGGGUCGACGAGCCUCGCCGGCCGCGCCAGGACUGGUUCCCGUCCCCGGGCGGCGGCGGCGACCACCGGCAAGGCGGAAACUAUUCGCAGGGGAUUGGUAAUUACUCGCGAGAAAAUGCUGACCCUGGCGGAGAGGUGCUGCAGAGUCAGUCGCGGCGGGGGGGGAAGAGCGACUUCGCGUAUUACGACUACAUCGUGGUCGGUGGCGGCGGAGGCGGGUGUCCGUUUGCACGUACGAUGGCGGAGUCGGGGUUCAAAGUGUUGGUCGUGGAACGUGGCGACGUGCGCUUGAAGCAUCGACUCACACACGACAUUUAUGGCUCGGGUUUAGUCAUGGCUGAUACGCGUGUGAGUCAGUUGGUUAUGACUCAGUCGGGUGUGCGGACACAUGUGGCGAGCGUCCUCGGAGGCGGCACGGCCACGGGCAUGGCCAUCGCCGUCGAAGAAGAUCCAGAGUACCUCUCGCUGCUCGAGUCAACCAGCGGCGAACCCAUCGAUCACGACCUCUUCUACAACGCCUCAGAAUGGAUCGCUCUUCGCCUCGCACAACCCAUGCGUCAAUUAGAACCCUACAGCGAACACUGGCGACGGGCCUUCAAUCAACAGGGUUACAAAACUGCUGGCACGCGCCUGCGGCUCCUCAAAGAAACCUCCUGGAACGCGUUCUCGCUCUUCGACUCUCAAGAUCACGGCUUCCGCAGGUCCGCCGACGUCCUCCUCGGCAGCCUCGACCGCCCACAACCACCCACACUAGACAUCGUUACCAACACCAUCGCAGAAAGAAUCCAACUGGAACCGAUUCGUGGGUCGCAGGGCGGUGAGUCGCAGGGCGGUGAGUCGCAGGGCGGUGAGUCGCAGGGCGGUGAGUCGCAGGGCGGCGAAUCGCAGGGCCGUGAGUCGCAGGGCGGUGAGUCGCACGGCGGAGAGUCGCAGAACCGUGAAUCUCCCGAGCCGCGGUUCAAGGCGACUUGCGUUUUGGUUCGUGCGACGCGGAGCGAGGACCUGGAGCCGAUUGGCGGGAGGGAGCCAUUGUCGGGUCCGCCAGAGCGUUUCCGGCGGCGGAUGUCUCACGCGCUGUCUCGACACGCAUUGAAGACGGUGUGUGCGAAGUCGGAGAUUGUGUUGUCUGCGGGGGCCGUGUUCUCCCCGGUGUUGUUGGCGCGUAGCGGAGUGGGUGCUGCGGAACAGAUGGAGUUGUUGGGUAUCAAUGCGCCAGCAGUGUUGAACGAGAAUGUGGGUUCUCACUUGAUAGAUCGCGGCCUUUUGCCUGUGGCGUACUACCAGGUGGGGGAUACGGCAAUAGGUCGUGAGUUGGAGCCUCAAGUGUGUGGGCGUGUAGGUUUAGCCACGCACGGUUUUGGGCGCGCGGUUUUGGGCGCCAGGACGCUGGACUACUCACAGAUCGGCGUCGAGGAGAUGGCCGGCGGGCGCAUUGUGGAGGGCUUCAUCUAUGCAACACGCAUCUUCGUAAGUCCUACCAUACGCUCGCACCCCAUUGUUGACGUACUCAUGACCUUACUCAACUACUGCUCCGAAACCGCCAAAAGCAACCCCGUUUGCGCAGCCUUCUCAUCCGCACCCGCCUGUCUCCGUAAGUUAACCGCCUCAUGGUACUUCGUCAAUGAACCCAAAUCACGUGGAUAUGUGAAAACCGACUACUCAGGACAAAUUAGGGUCGACCCCAAUUACUAUUCCAAUCCCCAAGAUGUUGUCGACGGACUUCGUGGUAUCCAAAAUCUGAUACGAAUCGCACGAAGCGAUGCCCUCAAAGGCGCCGUCGAAACUCUAGACGAAAAAUCCUGUCCUGCAGUUCUACACAAUGUUCUCAAAGACCUCAGCAAAACUGUUAAAGACCUACUCCAAGGCCGGCUCCCCAACCUCACUCCCGCCAAUCACGCCAGCCGUCAUCAAACCCCCCAGCAACAGCAAGACGAUCACCACCCCAGCCACCAAGAAAGCCUCCACGACGCGAGAAUGUCGGCUCACUUGGGCCUGGACGCGGCUGUCGCGGAUUACGCCGUUUCCAGCCGGCCCCGGUACCUAUCUCGCGUGGGCAGACGCACGGAGGGCACCGAGCUAGAAUUGUACCCGUACGCAUCAUCUGGGCCCGGGUCGUCUGGACCCGGGUCGUCUGGACCCGGGUCGGAGCAAGAGGCGCCCUGGGCGGACCUUGAUAGAGACCUUGGUGGUGUGGACGUUAGUGUUGAGGAGGUACCUACUAUGGGGAAGCGGGAGGAGUCAUGGUUGUCUCCGCAAGCGGUAUUUGCGGAGAUGGAGAGGCAACACAGUUCGGUGUUCAUGACAUACCCAGUCAGUCAGAUUCGAAACCAGACGUUGGCAACAUUUCCGGCGCAGUUGCCGGAUCCGGACGACCUACCAGCGUUGAUGAGCUAUAUCCGUGAUAUGAAGCAAAGCAUGUGGCAUCUGGCUGGCACUGCGCAACUAGGCAAGGUCGUGGAUGACCGAUUCCGUGUCAAACAUGUCGCCAACCUCGCCGUUGUCGACGCAAGCACAUUGCCUCAAAUGUCUCGCUUCAAUCCCACGCAAACUGUUAUGGCUCUCGGACGUUAUGCCGCACUCCUCCGCCUCCGCGAACUCGGUAUCGAGCCCCCCAAACCGUCACUUACCCCCCGUGAGAAACGCACGUACGCCUUCCUUCACCCGGACCGACCAUCGUCUUGA